UAAAUUGCUCGAGUAGAACCUGAUUCCGAACAAUUAACAGUCACAGAGUGCGUGGAAUUGUUUUGCCAAGUAGGACGUAUGCUAUGAGCUGGUCGGUUAAUAUAUGGUUUACCAGCAUUGCUUGAUUAUCAUACAAAAGAGGGCUUCCGAGUCCCGCGCACGAGUCCAGAACUACUAUUUCCGUAGGAGGUUAGCUGAUUACCUGAUCCAGACUAGCCCAGCAAAUGACCUCCUAGCACAGCUCAAGUCGCUGUGUCUAAUUUGUUCCCGCAGGUACAAACAUCAGUUCUUUCCUGGUUCUUAUAUGCAUGAGUGGAUCAAACAUGCCUUUUUGGCAUCUCUUAGGAUCUGUAUGAAACGUAUAGCAUUGCACACUUUCCCUUGAUGUUUCAGUGACUUCAAACGGGUCUCAUGAAUGGCGAAUUCAACACCCGCUGUGAACCAGCGGGUCGCUCCCCAUUCAUCUCCCGGCCAUGCCCAUAAUGCUGUGACGGCUUUGCAAGGUGCUACCACUGCCUUUCGCACAAGCGCUUCUAGAAGCAGUUCGCCUGCAGUCGCCCAUAGAACCGGAGGAGCCGUUGAUGUCAACAAACGUGAUCUCGGCCCGGGUCCCCGUCCCGAUAUCGAAGCCGAAGUACCACCCGAAGUUGGUUCCGUAAAGGACAAGAUUGGGAGGUAUACUGCCCAUUCUCAGAAUGCUCUCGAGAGCGUUCGCAAGAGCCCAGCAACAUUUAGACCAGAGUCCCCGCAGCAGAUCGCCGCCCGGUUUGCUGCGGAACAUCUCCCUGUACAUAGGAAAAAUGCAGCAACAGCUACAGAUAGCGGUGUGACUCGAGGCACAAAUGGACCCCAAUCAAAGAACGAAAAGAAUGUACAAGAUGUGAAAGCGUUCAGCCCAAGCUCAGCCGAGAGCAUCGCAACGAAUAAUAAUACGAUCGGGCGACACUCAAAGGGUGACGAAGCUGAACCGACUCGAGAUUUAUCUAUUCGUCGAAAGCCGACCAUACCAACACCUAAUACACCUCUAGAAUCUAUUCAACAAGCAGUGGCAAAGCCACGUCCAAUACCCCCAGCACCUCGAAAAUCUCGAUUAGUCACAGGUAGCCCAGGGUCAGCUGAACCUGCCACGAGAAGGGGCCAGCCCAGCGAACCUAAGGGCUCGCUCGAGCCCCCAAGCCCUUACUCCUUGGGCCCCCCCAGGGAUGUACCUACCUCAUCAAAUGAGAGAGGUCCUGCAUUGCCUCCACGGCCUGGCGUAUCAACUACGCCUAACGGUGGUCUAAACAAUCAUCGAGCCCUUCUGGCGAAGAAUGAUGCCCCAAGACGACCACUAAGCCCGAGUGCUUCGUCGAUCUACGACCGACAACGCAAUAGUAGCACUCCGAGUCUGCGUGACGAUUCGGGUAGUUUGAGUGAAGGCGCCCUUUCAGAUGCAAUCGUCGCAUCAUCAUUAGCAUCCUCCCGAGCACCACCUACCAAGAAAGGCCCGCCACCUCCCCCUCCACACCGGCAAGCAAGGUCUCGUUCAAUAUUACGUUUUCACAACAACGGGAGAGAGUUUUCGCAAUCUCGAAGCCCAUCCAGCCCUUUGCGACAUACGCUCCGCAACCCGGCUAAACCCGACGAUGAAGAGGAUCAUCACCACCGACACAGAACGCAUAUCAUCCGGAAACACCCACAUAAACAUCACGAAGGCGAUCGAAAGAGAUGGCGCAGUGAGCUUACGGAAAAGGAACGAAAACGCUACGAGGGUGUAUGGGCGGCUAAUAAGGGGCUUCUCGUCCCCACAAAAGAAGAAGUGGACAGGCAAUGUUCCGAACAUGAUCCAUUGCGAGACAUAUGGCCUUCGGAUGCCUCGGAGAUGGUAGUGAAUAUCGUGGUUCAAGACAUCUGGUCUCGGAGUCGCCUCCCAUCCUUCGUGCUGGAGCAGAUCUGGGAUCUAGUUGAUACACAAAAGAUUGGACUCCUAACAAGAGAGGAGUUCGUUGUUGGGAUGUGGUUGAUUGAUCAGCAACUGAAGGGACACAAACUGCCUGUGAAAGUGCCGGACAGUGUCUGGGGCAGCGUGAAGCGUGUGCCUGGGAUUAGUUUACGCGACAUUGACUUCCAUUCCUGACGUGGCAGUGGGCUCCAUUCCAUAUCAUUCGUAAGGAUGAUCCAGAUAUGGAGGACAGUAAUUCUAUUUCGAGAACAGAACUACCUAGUUAGAGUAAGAACCUAAAUCGCACUAGUCAGAUCGGACAUUACUAGUUGCCUGUAGGGUAGCAUUAACGUGACCCGCCUUGGAUGGAUUUGAUAGGUAUCUUCAGCUGACCAGAAUGUGCGUAUGACGGUGAAUACUCGGGGAUAGUCGGGCUCCAGCGUAAGGGCUCCAGCGUAACCUUGCGUACGGGACCUUCCCGCCCGGAAUGCAUCCGAGAAUGGCGUGUUGUGUUCGGAGUAGCACUACCUACCUUCAAGUGGCUCAGCCCUUCAUUCAAUUAGAGUUCACCUAAGGUGCGUCG